AUGGAUGAGACUUAUCUUUCUGAUUCCGAAACUAGUGAUACAAGUAGCGACGAUGAUUUCACUCUUCAGUACAGUAGUACUGAAAGUGAAUCGUCUUGCGAAGAAUCAGAUACACCUUUACAAAUUCGAAGAGAAACUUUUAAUAAAAAUUUUUUAUGGUCGAAAGCUGGUAAUUUCAAUCCUGUUAUUCAUGAGUUUAAUGAUUCUAAAGCAGGACUUAACCCAGACUUAAAUUUCAAUUCAGAAACUAAGCCAAUUGAAAUUUUUGAAAUUUUUUAUUCUUCCGAAGUCAUGGAAAUGGUUUGUGCUAUGACAAAUAUUUAUUCUGACAUGAAAAUUGAGUCACUUCGAGAAUCUGAUAAACUGAAAAGUAAUUCCAGAUUUAAGUCAUGGAAAAAUUUGGAUCCUACAGAAUUGUACACUUAUUAUGCGUUGACAAUUCUGAUGGGAAUUAUAAGAAAACCAUCACUUAAAAUGUAUUGGUCAACUGACCCCUUGCUAACGACACCUGUUUUUGCUCAGUACAUGUCUAUAAGACGAUUUUCAUUAAUAAAUACAUUUUUGCAUUAUUCAGAUGAUGAGUCAACAGAUAAAUUGCGUAAAAUUCGGCCUAUGUUUGAAAUUCUGAUAGAAAAGUUUAGGUACGCUUACAGACCUGGAGAAAACGUAAGUAUUGAUGAGUCUUUAUUGAAGUAUAAAGGUCGCUUAUCCUUUAAGCAAUGUAUUUUGAGUAAAAGAUCGCGUUUCGGAAUAAAAAUUUACAAAUGCUGCGAUUCGGAGAACGGUUACAUAUACAACGCUUCAAUUUAUGUAGGCAAAGAUCCAGCAGAUGAAAACAAGUUGAUUGGAGUAUCUGGUAAGGUUGUUGUAAAACUUUUAGUCGAUUUGAGUGGUCAGGGACGCACUCUUUUUCUUGACAACUGGUACAGUUCUCCUUCUCUAUUUGCGUACCUUUAUGAGAGGAAAAACAAUGUUAUUGGUACCGUUCGAACGAACCGAAAACAUAUGCCUAAUACGAAGGGUUUAAAAUUACAUAAACUUGCGCGCAAUUCAACGCUCAUAUUCCAUUCUGAAACUUUGCUAGUGGUCAUGUGGAAAGAUAAGAAAGUGGUUACGAUUUUGAGUACCCUUCCUGGAUCUGACUUUGUCGAAACCUCAAAAAUUGAUCACAAAACAGGUGAAAAGGUAAAGAAGCCAGGAGUUGUCGCGAAGUAUAAUAAAAGCAUGGGAGGUGUUGACAGAUGUGAUCAAAUUAUAAAGCCCUACGAAAUAGAAAGAAAGCAUUACCGUUGGUACCAAAGAAUAGCUGACAAUUUAUUGGACAUGACAAUAUAUAAUGCAAAUAUUAUAUAUAACCUUUCGCAUGAAAAAAAAAUGAAUCAUUGCGAUUUCAGAACACAACUUGUGAGAGAACUUUUAGAAAAAUAUAGCACGAAGUCCAACACAGGUGUUCAUAGGCAGAGCAAAAAUGUUUCUCUUGAAAAAAAUACUCACGAAUUGGUGAAAAUACCUACGGGGAAUGAAAAUAAACGCAAGCGCCUACGAUGCCACAACUGCUCCGAAGAGAAAAAAAUCAGAGUUGACACUACUUGGAUGUGCAGACAAUGUGAGACUCCACUUUGCAAAAAUUGCUUUGAUAGCCUUCACUAA